AUGGCUUCGUCUCAGAGCCGGAUCGCUGAGCUGGCGACCACUGUGGCACACCACACGCAACGAGUGGACGGUUAUCUUGCAGAGAAAGGUUUACCAUACCCAUCAUUCGAAGCUGAUGGUCCUGUGGACCUGGAGCUGCCACCAGAAAUUGAAGAAUCUCGCAACAUAGUCCUCGAAGCAAGUCAAGAGCUCAAUGACCUGCUCCAAGGACCGCGGGAUUUACUAUUCAAUCAUCAACAUAACCAACUGGCGUAUCUAAAGUUGAUAUCACGCUUCGAUCUCGCCAACAAAGUACCGUUAAAUGGGGAAAUCAUGUUCGCCGAUCUGGCCGCUGCUGUCGGCAUUGAUCGUGCUGCACUUACUUCUAUUCUUCGACUUGGUAUCGCGUACCGCAUCUUUAAAGAGUCUCGUCCGGGAGUGAUCGCCCAUUCUGCAGCUUCCAGACAAAUUGCAGAGGACAGCCGUGUCGCCAGUUGGGUCGGAGCCAAUGUAGACGAUAUGUGGCCCGCGGCUGAGAAAGUUGUCGAUGCUCUUGUGAAAUGGCCUCUUGCGGCAGAGGCAAACCAGACUGGUUUCUCACUUGCGAACGAGACAGAUCAGUCGUUUUACUCUGAGCUAGAAAAAGACCCCGAUCGAGCACGCCGUUUUGGUGGUGCUAUGAGCUUCUUCACCACAGGCGACGGAUACUCCCUUCGUCACUUAAUCGACGGAUAUGACUGGGGUUCAAUAAGUUCCGGGGGCACCGUCAUUGACCUAGGUGGAUCCCAUGGCGAUGCAGCGUUUGCUUUGGCUCGUAAAUACCCCGGCCUUCAUUUCAUUGUCCAAGAGCUACCCCAGGUUGUCGCAAAUUCCAAGGAAGAGGAGGGUCUUGAUGCGAAAUUCAUGGUUCAUGACUUCUUCGAGGAGCAGCCUGUGCACGGUGCUGAUGUCUAUCUCUUUCGCUGGACAUUGCAUAACUGGCCCGACAAGUAUUGUAUCAAGGCACUCAGGGCUUUGAUACCUGCUCUCAAGCCGGGUGCGCGUGUCCUGAUCUCAGAUUUCGUCAUGCCGCCUCCUGGUGUACUGCCUAAUAUUCUUGAGCGAAAGUUGAGAGCUAUGGAUGUAACAAUGUUGGAAAUUGGCAAUGCGAGAGAACGCGAUCUUGACGAGUGGAUUAGUCUGUUUGGACAGGCUGAUCCAAGAUUCAUCUUCAAAGGCAUGAAACAACCACCAGGAUCAAGACUAGCGAUUCUGGAGAUAGCGUGGGAGAAGUAG